AUGAACCCGAACGCACCGAGCUUUGACUUCAAUCCGGCCGCAGCUGGUUUUGUUCCACGCUUCUUGCAGCAGCAACAACAACAACAACAGCAGCAGCAGCAGCAGCAGCAGCAGCAAAAUUAUGACGCGUAUUACAGCCAAGGCUUCACAGGCGCCGGUUUUGCUCCUCAGUUGAGUGCGCAGCCCACUGCUCAAUCCACCACUCCGUCCUCGGCUUUUUCGCCUGCGUCUGGAAUCGGGCCUGGACCCGCGACAGGAGCUGCGCCACUCCCGCCUAAAGCUGCAGCUAUGGCUUCUAGCAAGCCUGCUGGUAUGAAAAAGGCUGUGAGUGUGUCGAUUGGUGGCGGCAAGAAGCCUGAACAGAAAUCCGAGCAGAAGCCUGAGUCUAAAGAGGAAAAGACUCCGGUCGUCAAAAAUGCAGGAGCAACAGACUCCACGGCCGCCCCUGCGGCUGCCCCCCCUGAUAGAUCGACUGGCGAAGUCAAGGGCCAAGCUGCUAAGCAACAAACCAAAGUGGAAAAGAAGGUUGCGGAAAAGGCAUCUGUUGAUGCUGAAAAGGUGUUGCAGGAUGCCAAGUUAGCUACGGAUGAAGAGACACUUCGCGACCUGUUCGGUGACCAGGAAAUCAAGUCGCAUUUGAACUUGGUGUUUGUCGGUCACGUUGAUGCCGGCAAGUCUACAAUGGGUGGAAACUUGCUGUACCUGACGGGUAUGGUAGACAAACGUACGCUCGAAAAGUAUGAGCGCGAUGCCAAGGAAAUUGGUCGCGAUUCGUGGUACUUGUCGUGGGCACUUGACUCGACGCAGCAGGAGCGAGACAAGGGCAAGACUGUCGAGGUUGGUCGUGCGUACUUUGAAACGAGCAAGCGCCGGUACACACUUCUGGAUGCACCAGGCCACAAGUCGUACGUGCCGAACAUGAUUGGUGGUGCAGCGCAGGCAGAUGUUGCAAUCCUAGUGAUCUCGGCGCGUCGAGGUGAGUUCGAGACUGGUUUUGAACGUGGUGGUCAGACGCGUGAGCAUGCUGUCCUGGUAAAGACGGCUGGUGUGCAACGGCUCAUUGUGGUCGUGAACAAGAUGGACGACCCGACUGUAAACUGGGACAAAGAGCGCUAUGACGAGAUUAUCGGCAAAUUGUCGCCUUUCUUGCGCGCAUCAGGCUUCAACCCCAAGACUGACGUGGUUUUCAUCCCUGUCUCGGCGUAUUCGGGAGCCAACUUGAAGGAUAAAGCCCCAGCGGAUCAAUGCUCCUGGUACGAUGGACCACCGCUGCUGACAUACUUGGAUGAUCUGGAGCUAGGCGACCGCAAGAUGAGCUCGUCGCUUAAGAUGCCUGUGAGUGAAAAGUAUGCGGACAUGGGUACACACGUGGUCGGAAAGAUCGAGAGUGGCAUGAUGAAAAAGGGCAACACACUCGUUCUGAUGCCAAACAAGACGAAUGUCGAAGUUGUUGCUAUCUUCAGCGAGAUCGAUGAAGAGGUGCCUGUAGCCGUGUCAGGUGACAAUGUGCGUGUAAAGCUGAAGGGUGUGGAGUUGGACGAGGUGCAGCCAGGCUUUGUCCUGACAGAUCCCCGAGAUCCUGUGCAUGUAGUCCGGCGUUUCGAGGCACAGCUGGCCAUUCUCGAGCACCGCAACAUUAUUUGCGCGGGUUACAGUGCAGUGAUGCACGCCCACUCGCUCAAUGAAGAAGUGAGUCUCGCUGCCCUCUUGCACUACUACGACAAAAAGACUGGGAAAAAGAGCCGUCGUGGCCCACCAUUUGCCAAGAAGGGUAUGAAGAUCAUUGCUCUGAUUGAGACGACGGCUCCCGUGUGCUUGGAGCGCUUCAAGGACUAUGCACAGCUCGGUCGCUUUACCCUGCGUGACGAAGGCAAGACGGUCGCGAUCGGCAAGGUGACAAAGCUGCUGAGUGAUGAUGAUGUGCCGGACGUUGGCAAGCUUUCUGUCAACUAA